GCAGCACAGUAGCAGAAGAAGAAAUCAAGCGCAGUGGAUGGACGGAAGAUGAAGGGGGACAAAACCAUAACACGUAUUUGUUAAUUGUCAGCAAUCGGAUUUGUACGUUGCAAGACAGUGAAGUUACUUGUUUACUUUUGUACUGUACCACUGUUCAUCAAGGUUGCCACGUUCAGCUAAACUGAGACGAACUGAAGAUACCGGGAAGGAUUUCAUCAUCGUAAACAUUGUCAGGUGAUGGGAGUUGUCAGGACCUAAUCGAGAGACUCGGAUAUCAUGGAGAACGACAGCAGGCCUCUGCUUAGCUCAGAGCAGGCUGGAGAGAGCUUCUCGCAGCACAGAGGCUCAACAGACUCACUGGACUCCAGAGCUAAAAGACCUUUCUACGUGGAGCCAAGGAACAUCGUAGAUGAUGAACCACAAGAGCGCGUGUCAGCCGAAGCUGCCAUCCUCAACAGCAGAGUGCAUUACUAUAGCAGACUAACUGGUUCUUCUGACCGGCUGCUGAGUCCCCCCAACCAUGUUAUCCCCAAUACAGAAGAAAUCUACAUCUACAGCCCAUUGGGGACAGCAUUUAAGGUGUCUGGCAAGGAUCACAUGACAAAAAACCCCAGUAUCAUUACCAUAUUUGCAAUAUGGAACACAAUGAUGGGUACAUCCAUCCUCAGUAUACCUUGGGGUAUAAAGCAGGCUGGUUUCACUCUUGGGAUCCUCAUCCUUAUCUUCGUGGGCUUACUUAUGCUGUACUGUUGUUACAUUGUGCUCAAAUCACCAAAGGCAAUACCCUACGUGGACACAUCUGACUGGGAAUUUCCUGAUGUUUGUCGGUAUUACUUUGGCAAGUUUGGCCAGUGGUCCAGCUUAGUCUUUUCAAUGGUGUCUCUUAUUGGGGCGAUGGUGGUUUAUUGGGUCCUCAUGUCCAACUUCCUCUUCAACACCGGGCAAUUUAUCUACAACUAUGUCCAUCAUGUUAACAUGUCCGAUUCAGAGUUUGGAACCAAUGGCACAGAUAGAGUAAUUUGUCCAUACCCAAGUACUGACUCUGGCGGGAACCACACUUUCAACACACAUUACAUCAGUACCAGUGGAAAUGAUACAUUUGAUGUCCACUCUUUUCAACACUGGUGGAGCAAAACCAAUACGGUACCAUUCUUCCUCGUUGUUCUGCUGCUGCCACUCCUUUGCUUCCGAUCAGCCUCCUUCUUUGCAAGAUUCACCUUCUUGGGCACCAUAUCAGUGAUCUACCUGAUUGUUCUGGUCACAAUUAAAGCUGCCCGUCUUGGCUUUCACCUUGAGUUCCACUGGUUUGACACUACUAACUUCUAUGUUCCAGAAUUGCGGCUGCUCUUCCCUCAGCUGACGGGCGUCCUCACGCUGGCUUUCUUCAUCCACAACUGUAUCAUCACAUUGAUGAAAAACAACAAGCAUCAAGAGAAUAACGUACGGGACCUGUCUGUGGCUUAUCUCCUUGUCGGGCUGACGUACCUCUAUGUGGGGGUGUUGAUUUUUGCUGCUUUUCCAUCACCUCCGCUCAGCAAAGAGUGCAUUGAGCCGAACUUUUUAGAUAAUUUCUCCAGCGGUGAUGUGAUGGUGUUUGUGGCUCGGUCCUUCCUGUUGUUCCAAAUGAUCACGGUCUAUCCUUUGCUGGGAUACUUGGUACGAGUCCAAAUGAUGGGCCAGAUGUUUGGCAAUCAUUACCCCAGUUUCUUCCAUGUCCUCACCCUGAACAUCUUGAUUGUUGGAGCCGGUGUCCUGAUGGCCAAGUUUUAUCCCAACAUUGGAUCCAUAAUUCGGUUUUCUGGCGCAACAUGCGGUUUGGCUUUAGUGUUUGUAUUCCCCUCCUUGAUCCACAUGAUCUCCUUGAGACGACGGGGUGCCCUCCGCUGGCCGUCAGCGGUCUUUCACAGUUUCCUUAUCUUGUUGGGGAUGACCAACUUGGUGGCUCAGUUCUUGAUGUAAACUCACAUCUUCCCUGGCAGGAUUAAAACACGAUGGACUUUUAAAAAAAAAUCUCUCAAUCAAAAAAAAAAAUGAUAUAAAGCGUUAAUGUUCAUGGCCACGGUGUGCUAUCGUCCACCAUUUACAACACCCACCUGGAAUUCAAUGACAUAAUUAUGUUAUCUUCCGCUAUGUUCUGUCUUUCAGCCAGUGGGAUUGUGAUGUGAUAAAAGGUGACUUGAAGGUAACUUGAGAUCUUUGAUUAUUCCUGCUCAGACUAGUCAAAGAGAUUUAUCAUGUACUGUGUUUGAAUUGUUUCUCUCAGUCGUGAAAAUAUGAAGUCAAGGUCGGUCACAGGGACAAGAGGCUCAAAGGGAUGCAGAUUUACACAAUUCUUGUCACUUUCCACAGAAUUAGUCUGUAUGGCUCGACAGUUAUACAAUAUCAGUAUAUCAGAGGUCAUUCAUAUUGAUGACAGAAUCCUUUUAACUUGGUGAUUAUAUAAAUUGUAUGCUUUGUAAAUGCCAAACUGUAACUGUAGCCGUUUUUAAAAAUACCUGGCAUUUUAUAACCCUAUGUUCAAAUCAUUCUGGAAUUCUUUAUUUUGUGCUCAGUAUUUCAUUUAUUUACUAUCCUUUACCAUUGUUUUCAAUGCAUGAAAAGACAAAGGGAACAUGAGUGAAAUAAAUCCCACCUUGAAUGAA